AUGGGCAAACCUGUUUUCAUUCUAGUCCCUGGCGCCGCAGCCCCGGCCAAAAUCUACCGACGGGAGAUUGCCAGAUUCAAUGAAUUGGGAUAUGAAGCUGAAACAGUACCGACACCGUCAGUUGGUCGACGCGAUCCUCUUCCACCAGCCACAAUGGACGAGGAUGCUGUAGCGGUGCGAAAUGUCGCAAUGAAGUAUAUCAAUCAAGGCAAAGACGUCAAUAUCGUCACACAUUCAUAUGGUGGUAUUCCCGGCACCGAAGCCGUUCGAGGCAUUUCCAAAAAGGUGCGUGAGGCAAAGGGACUCAAGGGCGGUGUCAGUAGGAUCAUCUAUGUGACUUCGGUCGUUCUUCCGGUUGGAGGAAAGUUGAGCGACGCGUUUGAAGGCGGGAAGCCGUCUUUCCUUAAGGUGGUUGACGACUACUUGGUCCAGCCAACCCCAGAAGAGAACACCAAGAUUGUCUUCUAUGAUAUUCCUGAAGCGGAGGCCAUCGAAUGGGCGAGGGAAAUGGAGGAACACUCCUUCACUAGCUAUGCCGGACCAUUGACAUAUGCUGCCUGGAAUGAUGUCCCUGUGUCGUAUUUUUUCUGUGAGAACGACACCAUUAUCCCAUCUCAAGACCAACAGGGCGGUAUCGAUCUUAUCGAGAAGGAGUCUGGUCAGAAAGUCGACGUCCAUCGCCUACAGGCUGGCCAUGCUCCCCAAGCCAACUUUCCUGGGCGGAUUCCAGAGAUGAUUAUUGAAAAGAUUGUGCCCUUGGACGCAUAG